AUGUGUGGACAGGACGCUACCGUUGAUUCUACAGGCUUAUGGCAUAGGGAAGACCCCGUUACCGAACCGCAAGGGACUGGCGAGUCGAUCUAUAGACCCGAGGUUCUUGAUGCCAUUGAGCAAAUAAUCACAUCAGGCUUGAGCGAGGAGCUGCGCACGCUCAGCCUGGACAUACAUGACCAUCCAGAGGUCCGGUGGGAGGAACACCGCACUCAUGAUGUCUUGACGGACUUCAUGCAACGGAAGAAAUGGGAGGUUACCAAACACCAUCUUUCCCCUACAGCAUGGAAGGCCACAUUCACGCGCGGAACAGGCGGUCGCACCAUAGGCGUUAACUCUGAGAUGGACGCGCUCCCCGGCGUCGGUCAUGCAUGUGGCCACAACCUCAUCGCUAUCGCUGGAGUGGCUGUCGCUCUGGCAAUCGGCGCUGUACUCGAGCAGUUCGACAUACCUGGAACAGUCAUCCUGUUAGGUACUCCAGCGGAGGAGGGCGGAGGAGGCAAGACAAUGCUUCUGGAGAAAGGCGCGUAUGAAGGGAUGGUCGCUUGUGUCAUGUGUCAUCCCGCUCCGGGCCCCAAGCAUUCAGCCGCACUAAGCAGUUGUCUCGCUCGGCAGAUCCUCGAAGUCGAAUUCCACGGACACACAGCGCACGCGGCGCUGUCCCCUUGGGAAGGCCAGAAUGCUGUGGACGCAGCGGUGUCGGCUUAUAACAGCAUUUCGAUGCUGCGACAACAAUUAUUGCCAACCCAUCGCGUGCACGGCAUCUUCAUUGGCAAGGAUUGGACGCCCAAUAUCAUACCGGACUACGCAAAGAUGGUGUGGUAUGUCCGCGCUCCCACUAGAGCCGAGAUGGAGGCGUCUACACAACGUGUUAUACCUUGCUUCAGAGGUGCCGCAGUGGCCACGGCUUGCAAGGACGAUGUCAAGAUCGCAGGGACGACGUACGAUCUACGGCAAAAUAAAGCAUUAGGGGACAGCUUCGCCCAAACCUUCCGGAGCAGAUACGGCUCGGUCAGCUAUGGAUACGGAAUACAGAGCGCAUCAACCGAUUUUGGCAAUGUCACUUACGCGCUUCCCGCGCUGCACCCAUCCUUCGCCAUCCCCACCAUCGAGAACGGAGGUAACCACACCAUAGCGUUCGCAGAGUCAGCCGCGAGCGAGGCUGCGCACAAAGCCACCCUCGAUGUCGCGAAGGCACUGGCUGCAACCGCUGUGAGGGUAUUAGACGAUGCAGAAUUCUACGUGAAGGUGAAGGAGACAUACGAGGCAGACCGCGCUGUUAGGGAGAGAUAAUGACGGCGAAUUGAGACUAGCCGAUGAACAUCAAGCACUUUCAAUCUCUACGAGCCGUACAUAUUCUCGCGCUGCUAGUCAUCUGGCGAGUUGUGUCCGUGAUUGACCGGAAACCGGUCUAAGCAAUGGCCUACUGUUCGCGAAUUGAGGACUGGAAGAACGCCGUUAAGACCAACUCGAGACCGUUGUACAGCGUACUGUAUACAUCGCACUGUCCUUGUUUCCCCGAGUACUGGGAACAGGGGGCGACAUGCCACAGCAUCGCCUCAGAUGAUACCUUUGCGACCUCAACCGUGGCUUUUCAAUAAGCAUUCGUGGAGACAACGUCCUAACCGUUGACCUAAUGUGGACCGGAUCUGUGUACAUCUGACCACGGUAUCAACAGCUAGACUUCUGCCCUCUUGUCUGUCCUCGCGCGCGCAUGGUUCGCCAAGAACCACUGCACAGUCUCAUCGAGCG